UUCUGACGAUGGGCGGGACCUGUUUGAAACAAGAUGUUUAUGAUUUCGAGAAUGAACAAGAUCCUAAUUAUGAACAGAAUUCUAAUGAUGAAUGGGAUUCUGAAUCUUCAAAUGAAGAUAAAUGA